AUUUCUUGUCGUAGGAAAAAAGCAACUGCAGAGCCAACCCCAACCCAUCCCCAUGAUACUUGUCUGAUAUCACUAUACAUCCAGCUUUCAGCUUGUUUUUGAGUUUCACUUCACUACAUCAUAAGAAAACACAAUCCCCCCCUCUUUACCUAAUUCUCGUUCUCUGCUUACUUUCAUCACUAGUUAGUAACCAGCUUAGUCAUCUUCUUGCUGUUGCUAAUGGCCGAGAAGGAAAUGAUGGAACUUUCUUCAGAUCAUAUGACUAAAACGGAGGAGGAUGAUCACCACCAAAUUUCUUCUUCUUCUUUUUCUCCAAUGGCGGUUCCAAGAAUCAUGACAAGAUCUAAGGGUGGUCUUAUAACCAUGCCAUUCAUUAUAGCAAAUGAGUCGCUGGAGAAGGUGGCAAGUUAUGGACUUUUACCCAACAUGACAUUCUAUCUUAUGAAAGAUUACAGAAUGGGAGUCACUGCAGCUCAAAAUCUACUCUUUUAUUGGUCAUCGGCUACAAAUUUCUUGCCACUAGUUGGAGCUUUCAUUGCAGAUUCAUAUCUGGGUCGAUUCCUUGUAAUUGGAUUUGGUUCCAUCUUCAGUUUCCUGGGAGCAGUUCUAUUGUGGUUAACAGCAAUGAUUCCGAAAGCAAGGCCUUCCGCUUGCGAUCUAUCAGGUCAGGCGUGUAAAUCUACAACACCGGCUCAAUAUACGCUCUUGGUUUCCUCGUUUAUGCUAAUGUCGAUUGGCGCUGGUGGUGUAAGACCAUGUUCUUUAGCAUUCGGUGCAAAUCAGUUUGACAAGCCCGAUAAUCCUAAUAACAAACGCGUGUUGGAGACAUUUUUUAACUGGUACUAUGCUUCAGCUAUGAUCUCUGUUCUGAUUGCUAUGACCGGUAUUGUAUACCUUCAAGAUCACAUGGGAUGGAAAGUUGGCUUUGGAGUUCCUGCUAUAAUUAUGUUCUUCUCUGGUCUGCUGUUUUUUCUUGCUUCUCCACUUUAUAUCAAGCAAAAGCCCAGCAAAAACUUGUUUACCGGAUUAGCACAAGUAAUUGUGGUUGCUUAUAAGAAUAGGAAAGUUGCUUAUCCUUCUGAGAAUUCUGGUUACCAUCACAACAAAGGUUCAGAAUUUUCCGUGCCAACGAACAAAUUGAGGUUCUUAAACAAGGCUUGUAUCAUAAAAUGCCCUGAAGAUGUUAAACAAGAUGGCGUUGCAGUCGACCCAUGGAAUCUUUGCACAGUCGAGCAAGUUGAGGACCUAAAAUCGCUCAUUAGAGUGAUGCCAUUGUGGUCAACGGGGAUCAUGAUAUCGAUAAACUUAAGCCAAAGUUCGUUCCCUUUACUUCAAGCUAAUUCCAUGAACAGACAUAUAACUAAAAGCAUUGAAAUUCCAGCAGGCUCUUUUGGAAUGUUUACUAUCAUUGCUUUAACAAUUUGGCUUGUCCUAUAUGAUCGCGCUAUCCUUCCAUUGGCAUCAAGAAUCAGAGGAAAACCAGUUCGUCUUGGAACCAAAGAAAGAAUGGGAAUUGGGAUAUUCUUCUCUUGCAUGGGCAUGUUAAUAUCCGGUAUCAUAGAACAUAUUCGACGAGGAAAGGCAAUCGAGCAAGGUCUUUUGAACAAUCCUGAAGGGGUCGUGACAAUGUCAGCAAUGUGGCUUGUACCACAACAUUGUUUAAACGGAAUAGCCGAGGCAUUCAAUGCAAUUGGCCAAACCGAGUUCUACUAUUCUGAGCUUCCUAAAAGUAUGUCAAGUAUAGCAGCUGCUAUGUUUGGACUAGGAAUGGCUGUGGCAAAUCUGUUGGCAAGUGUGAUACUGAGCAAUGUGGAUAAUCUUACUAAAGGAGAAGGGAAAGAAAGUUGGGUUUCAAGCAAUAUUAACAGAGGUCGCUACGAGAACUAUUACUGGCUUCUUGCAAUUAUGACAGGUUUUAAUUUGCUUUAUUUUAUGGUUUGUAGUUGGGCAUAUGGACCUUGUGUUGAGAAUAUGAGUAAGAAAAUGGUAGAGGGAGGUGCUGAUUUGCCACAGGAGAAUGUAUCAAGUAGUUGAAUUCCUGUUGAGCUAUUGGUUUAGUGUAUACAUACUCCAGUAUUUAUAAGUGCUUUUAGGUUUUUCA